AUGGUUCCAAGUGAUUCUGGUGGGAGAUUGAGUUUUGAAGGAACUGACUCCUUUCGAUACAGAAUAAUCCUCUCGGUUUUAACAGGGAAACCCAUACGCAUAAGAAAGAUUCGUUCAGAAGAUGAAGAUCCUGGGCUGCGUGAAUUUGAGGUUAGCUUUGUUCGAUUGAUCGACAAACUGACUAAUGGGAGCAAGAUCCAGAUCAGUGAAACUGGAACAGUUCUGAACUUUGACCCUGGCCUGAUCACUGGAGGAAACAUUCAACAUGAUUGUAAUGUACAAAGAAGCAUUGGCUAUUAUUUGGAGGCUCUAGUUGUCUUGGGGCCUUUCAGCAAGAAAUCUCUUCGUGUAACUCUCAGAGGAGUGACCAAUGACAGUCUUGACCCAUCUAUGGAUUCCAUGAAAUACUGCCUUCCUGGAGUCCUAAAGAAUUUCUUGAAUGAUGAUGAAGGCCUUAGCAUCAAGGUGAAUAGACGGGGACUUCCUCCUGAUGGUGGAGGAGAAGUUGUAUUCAUGUGUCCAGUUGCUCGAUUUGUAAAACCCAUCCAACUCACUGAUCCUGGCAAGAUCAAGCGAAUACGAGGAAUGGCAUAUGGUUCACAUGUGUCCCCCUCACUUGUGAAUCGAGCUGUGGAGAGUGCCAAAAAGGAGUUAUGUUACUUUAUCCCAGAUGUCUUUAUUCAGACACAUCACACUAGGGGUCAGGCUGCUGGGAAAUCAUCAGGUUAUGGAUUAUGUCUUUGUGCUGAGACAAACAAUGGGUGCUUUUAUACAUCAGAAGCACUUGGUGAAAAGGGUGGCAGACCAGAAGACACAGGGACCAAAGCUGCUCAUCUUCUCAUGGAAGAAAUUUAUAGGGGAGGCUGCUGUGAUUCUAGUUUUCAAGCUGUUGUGUUCAUGUUAAUGGCUUUUGGGAGAAGAGAUGUUUCCAAGAUUCUUAUUGGUCCACUUUCUCCACAUGGCAUAGAGUGCCUUCGCCUGCUGAAGACAUUCACACAGCUCAUUUUCCGUCUUGAGAGCAAGGAGGAAGAGGAAGACAUGAGGAAGGGAGGUCCCAAGGUUCUGGCAUGUUGUCUUGGACUUGGAUAUUCCAAUAUCAAUAAAACAGUUUCUUGA